UAUUAUUCAGCUUUCAUGUACUGCAGCGCCGGGCAGCAGGAGGAGGUCAACGGAUUUAAUCUGCAGUACAGUCCAUAUUAUUUCAGUUUAGUUAGCCGAGCACGUUUUAGACACAAGAUACGGACUUUACCUACUAAAAUAUGCAAUUACUACGAUUAUAUUAAAGCGUGAAGAAGACUGAAGGUGGUCAUUGGCUUCUACGCGCCUCUCUCCCUUUCUGCACUCCCCUUCAAGGAACUGAGUUUUUGUUAAAGGUUUUGGUCUGUCCCCCAUUUACCAUUGGAGUGAACAUGUCUCCUUCGCAGUCCAUAUUGCUGGUGGGAGAAGGGAACUUCUCAUUUUCUGCCUCUGUGAGCCAGUUAUACUCCGAGACAGAGACCAGCAUAACGGCCACUUGCCAGCAGCAUCAGGAGGAGGCACUGCGGCAUGAAGGCGCAGCCGAUAACAUGAAGAUCAUCAAGGACUCAGGUGGAGUGGUGCUUUUCGAGGUGGACUGCACUAAACUGGCUGAAUGCGGGUCCCUUCAGGGCCGUGUAUUUGACCGUGUGGUGUUUAACUUUCCUCACUGCGGGAGAAAGAGUGGGGUUAAAAAGAACAGAGAACUUCUCAAGAACUUCUUCCUCAGUUGUGUUCAGGUGUUGUCUGAAGACGGGGAGGUUCAUGUUUCCUUGUGCAACGGACAGGGCGGGACGCCAGCGGACCACCCGAAGCGAGAGUGGCACAACAGCUGGCAGGUGGCUGCCAUGGCAGCAGAGGCACACCUAAUCCUCAGUGAUGUCUGUCCUUUUGAAAGUGAGAAAUACCAGAGCUACAAGUGCACCGGAUACAGGAGUCAGGAUAAGGGCUUCCAUGUGGAGAAAGGUUUGCUCCACGUGUUUACUCGCAGCCUCCCCUACGCCCCUAAUCAGAUACUUACAGUUGAGGAGGCAGUUGAAGGGGACAGAGUCCAGUACAACAUACCAGCUGAGCUCAGUGAUUACAUAUUCAGGGGAUUUCUUUGCUCAGGUUCUGUCCACCCUGUCAGGCUGGUGCAGGAUUUUCUUCUCAAAGGACUGGCAGAUAAGUGGUCUAUCUCCAUGACAACAGAGACCAUUCCCUUCCUCCUCACGGCCAAACAGCUGCAGGCGUGCUGCCGUGACGUCGACAGCACACACUGCUACUGGAUCCACCCGCUUCAGAAAGACUCUGAUGCCUCUACAGACAGAGAUGAGUUGACCAUUUUGGACAGUCGGGGACAUGCAGACACGCGAGACACUCUGUCGGCCACGUAUGUUACCUCAGAUAAAGUGGACAAGGUGAGGAGCAAAGGAGCUGAGAGCUUAAGAGCAUGCUCUCUUGAUGUAGAUCCUGAAGGGGAAAGUGUUUUUUAUUAUAUGCUGCGUCCAUCGCUACUCCCUCAGAUGGAAGAGCUCCUAACUGGAAGAGAUGAACUAGAAGAGUUGAUGAACAAUGCGGGGAGUCACGGGGAGAAUGAGGAAAACAAUAAAAGUGUUGAAGUUGAAGGACAUGAGGAGGAGGAGCCCUGUGGAGGCUGCAAUGGCGUCACCAGCUUGUUAUUUGGCAUUAGUGGCCUGGUGUUCAGGAACGUGUCCGUCAACCUCUGGGCUCUGCCUGCCUUUCACCAGCUCCUCCUCAGAGGUGUUUUCCCUCCACAAUGUGAGCCAAUGAAAUUGCUCAGACAACAGCUGGAAACGCUGCUUGCACCCUAUGGGGUUUCCCUAAUCACAGAACAGGGGGGUCUGCGUCUGAUGGCACAGCCCCAGGGUUUGAUUGGUAGGGUGUUGGCAAGUGACAACAGUGGCGAUGUCAGUGUCACUGUGUCCCUAAAUUUGGACCUCCUCGCCGUGCUCCUGUUCUCGCUCCCAGACUGGCGGCUGCUGUGGUCACACGACCCACGCUUUUUACAGCACUUUGCACUCUGUCCAUCGCCGGGGGAACCUUUCCACCCGUUCUCCCUGUUCCCUGAGCACUUCAGCUUCGACAUCAGCUUCUGGACGGGGCCGACGUGGGAGGAGAGGAAGUUCCGCGCCGUGAUCCGAGAGGCCGGUCACGGGACCGUGGAGCAGGUUAAACUCAUAGACAUGUUCUCACAUCCUGACCUGAGCCAGACCAGUUACUGCUACAGACUCAUCUACCACUCACACACACAUGCUCUGUCACACACUCAAGCCCUCCAGUUUCACAAAGACCUGGAAACCUUGCUCACCUCUCGGCUGCAAACCACCAUCAGGUAGCAACACUUGAAUCUCUAGAAGGAUCAGAGAUUUAACAUUUAACCUUUUUUUAGAGACAGUAUGAUUACAUGUUACUGCUAAGCAAAUUUAUAAUCUGCAAAACUGUAGUUGAACAGUGUUUACAGUAGUUGAGGCAUUGCGUGCUAUAGUAUGUCUUUGAGCUGUGAUUGGAAUUAUGCGUAUCUGUGUCUGUUUUAAUUAUCAUACAAUAAAAAUGUUAUUUAACAUAAA